UUGAUUUUCUUAUAAUCAUUUUUGUCAUAAUUUUUCUGUAGUUAAUUAUGAAAUUUAAUUGAUUAUUUAAAAAAUGUUUGCGUUAUAUUAGUUGUUUAAGCAACACGAUGGAUCUGACCAUUUUUCCAAUUUAGAUAGGGCAUUUAGCAUUAAAUAUUUUAAACUUCACUUGUAAUAUUUAUUGAAUGAAGAGAUUUGUGAAAUGGCAUCACUAUGGCCAAUUAUAUCUAAAAUACCUGUAAAUUUAGCAUAUCAUUUCACGUCACACAUAAGUAUUGAAAAAUGUAUGGAGGAUGCUAUUAAUUGGCAUUGUAAAUUUAUUUGCAUUAAGUUAUUCAAAAAUAAACAAAUCUGUGAUUUGGAUUCAUUAUUUAUUUACUCUUGGCCUUGUCAUAUUAUUGCUAUAUUGCCAGAUGUAGACCAUGAUGAUUUUAAUGUUCAGUUGAAUAAACAAAAACAAUUUAACCAUGAAUUAAGUAUACUUUGUGGUUUCCAAGUAAAAAAUUUUUUAAUUAACCUUUCUAAUAAAUAUAUUAAUUUAGCACGAGUUAUAAGUAAAAAUUUGGAAAAACAAAUUUUUUUUCAUUUUAAAGUACCAAUAGAAAUCUGUUCAUGGGAUAAAUGGAACAAUUUCAGAAAUUUGAUUGGGUAUAGUUUACAAUUAGGAGUUGUGCUACACUUGAAUCAGAGUUUGCCGUCUUUAGAAGAAAUGAAAAGAUGGAUUGGUGAACCUGUUGUAGCUUUAUUGAUUGAAACUGACAUUUUCAUAUUAAAUAAAAAAAACAAUUUUAUCUUAAGAGAAGAACACGAAGAAGUAUUAAAGCUAGCUAUAAAACAAAAAUGGACAGUUAUGCUGUCAGGAGAGUCUAAACCUGAUAUAAUAAAUUAUUUUUAUUAUGUAUUGUUUGUAGCCAAAAAUGUUGAUAUACCGAUUCCUAUUUUAAAAUGUGAUAAUAUUUUGCAGUUACCUUUACAACCUUUGAGAGAUAAUCUCAUGUCAUGUGUUUAUAAUGUUUUUGAACAGGAUCCAGUUAAGUAUACACAGUAUCAAAAAGCUAUAUAUUCAGCAAUUAAGGAUAGAAAAUCAGAUAAUGUCGUUAUAGCUGUAAUUGGUGCUGGAAGAGGUCCAUUAGUAAAAGCCAGCUUAAGAGCUGCUGAUUCAGCUUCAGUCAAUAUAAAAGUAUAUGCUAUUGAAAAAAACGAAAAUGCUAUUCCAACAUUAUUAUUGUAUCAAAAAAAUCUAUGGGGUGAUUCAGUGCAGAUAGUUUUUACUGACGGUCGUGAUUGGGAUCCUCCAGAAAAAUGUGAUAUAAUGGUAUCUGAAUUGCUUGGUUCAUUUGGAGAUAAUGAAUUGUCUCCAGAAUGUUUAGAUGGAGCUCAAAAAUGUUUAAAAGAUGAUGGUAUCAGUAUUCCUUGUCAGUAUUCAUCUUUUUUGAGACCAGUUAUGUCGCAUACUUUGUAUAGUCAAACUACAGCAAAUACAAAUACCGAUGAUGCUUGUACAUCUACUUCCUCUAAUGCUGUUUUUGAACAAAUGUAUGUUGUUCUACAACCUGAUAGUUAUAAACCAAAUCAUCCUAAAAUUUUAUUCAUAUUUGAUCAUCCCUCUAAAACUAUAUCAGAUAACUCAAGAUAUAAAUGUUUAGAAUUUGAAAUUAAUGCUAAUAUGCAACUGCAUGGUUUUAGUGGAUAUUUUCAUUCUGUUUUGUAUAAGGAUAUAAUAAUAAGUAUUGAGCCAAAAACUGAAAGUGUUGGUAUGUUUAGUUGGUUUCCAGUAUUUUUCCCCAUCAAAGAUACUAUGCUUGUGAAAGCUGGGGAAAUUAUAACAGUUCAUUUUUGGAGAUGUUGUAAUAAAUAUAAAGUAUGGUAUGAAUGGUGUGUUUCAUCACCUAAACAAACACCUGUGUAUAAUUGCAAUGGAGAAUCAAGUUCCAUGAGGUUAUAAUUUUUAAAAUUCAUGUUAAGAAUGAAUAUAUUUUCAGCAUAUUUCAUGAUAUUUUAAAAUUUGUUAUAAUAUUGAAAAUAUAUUAUAAAUUCUGAAAUAUUAAAAUUGUGUAUAAAAAAUAUAAAGAAAAUUAUCUGUGAUAAUACAAUUUUUAUGUCAUAAUUGCAAUUAUCAUUAACUUGAAAAUUUAUUUCUUAUUUAUUAACUGUAAAUAUUUAAGUAAAUGCUACUUU